GGCCUGAGUUUUAGUAACUGAAUCUCAAAUGGCAAAGGUUGACGCUGUGUAGCGGGGCAGUAUAUAAGGGCGUUCGCCACUCUUCUGCGCCAGUCGUCUCAGUAGCCGCAUCUUGGAGUGCUGAGGAAGACCAGGACAGCAGCCAUGAAGCUUUUGGUAGCGUUGUGUCUGAUGGCGGCGGGCGUCAGCGCCCAGUACGGGCAAUCUGGCAUCGUCUUUCCUGACGGAAGGCUGAAGCAAUUCACCCGUGAGGAGGCUGACAACGUCGCUGAAAUCGGGGAGUCUGGAGUGGUCUUUAAGGACGGAUCACACAAGCAGUUUGACAUGGAAUUUGCUACCCUGCACAACAACCUCCCUGCCCCAGCCAGGCCAGAGCCCGUGGCCUUCGGUCCCUACAGCUACACUGGCAUCGUCAUGCCCCACGGCAACAACAGGCAGUUCACCCAUGAUGAGCACACCAACAUUGUCCUGGUCGGCCCCUCAGGCGUCGUGACUGCUGACGGCAGGAACCUGCAGCUGGAUCAGGAAGGCCUCCCUCUCCCACUCCGUAGGAAGCGCUCCGUGGCGCUCGAGGGCCCCUCUGGCGCGCAGUUCAGUGACGGCCAGCUGGUUCACCUUCCUGUUGGUGUGAAGAUCGUCCUUGUGGGUCCCUCUGGCGCCACUCUCUCCAACGGCAACCACGUCCAGUUCCGCGAGAAGCGCAGUCCUUCUGGGGCUGUGGUUGGCCCAUCCGGCAUGAUCACCCCGAGUGGACAGGUUAUCCAAUUUGCUCCAGGUGUGUCAGUCCCUGUUCAUGGACCCUCUGGAGCAGUUUUCUCCACUGGCAAAAAUAUUCAGUACGACCGCAAGAAGCGUGCAGCACCCUCUAAGGCUGUUGUAGGAGAGAGCGGCAUCAUCACUCCUGGCGGACGGCUGAUUCAGCUUCCCCACGAUGUGCAUGUGAUCCUUGCGGGGCCUUCUGCAGCUCUGCUCUCCGACGGAAGCUUUGUUCAGUAUGAGUUUUAAUUCCAUUAAAACGAUGUUCUAGGGAGAAAUGUUAGCAGUAGGACCUUGAAUUUGUUUCCGAAGGAGACUCAUUUUAGUACAAUGACACAAGGGAUUGUGGCUUCAUGUGCUCAUACACUAUCACAAAAACAUCAUGAGAUCUGAUGUUCAAAUAUAUUUCAUAUUAUGAUCAAAUAUUGAUUACUUUA